ACUCUCUGAAGCAAAACCAGUGAAAGUGGGGAAUAUACCGGCAAGAGCGAUAACAAACGACACAAUAGCGGGAAAAUGGGGUUUGUUAAGUACAUGCUCCUGACGUCCGUGUUGAUAGGCCUGACGAGUGUGGUUCUACACGAAGUUUACCCCCAAUAUAUCUCCCUGUUGAUGAAAAAUGAGCAAGUCCGGUCAGCCACCAUGGCCGUGCACAGGCUCCUAAGGGACCUCUAUCCGAGCAGCGGAAAGGACGAAACGAGACCAACCACCGCGAAGGGAAGCAAGAAGCACAAGGAAAAGCUCUUCACCGCGGAGGAGCUGAAGAAAUACGACGGAAAGGAAGGGAGGAAGGGCCCCUACCUGGCCAUCCUGGGGAGGGUCUACAACGUCAAGAAGGGCAAGCAGCACUACGGGCCCGGAGGCGGAUACGAGUUCUUCUCAGGCAGGGAUGCUAGUCGUGCUUUUGUCAGUGGAGACUUCUCAGAGGCAGGCCUGGUGGAUGACAUUUCAGGGCUGUCAAACCCUGACUAUAUUGGCCUUGACGAUUGGGUCAAUUUUUAUGAAAAAGACUACAAAUAUUUAGGCAAGCUAAUUGGCCGGUACUAUGAUGAGCAGGGAGAGCCCACACAGUACAGUAAUCUGGUGCAGCAGUGGAUAUCAGAGGCUUAUGCACAGAAGGAGGACGAGAACCAGGAGAAGAGAAUUUUCCCCCCAUGUAACUCAGAAUGGACACCAGAGGCAGGAUCGAGAGUCUGGUGCACAACAAAGAGCGGUGGAAUACAGCGAGACUGGACGGGAGUUCCAAGGAAACUCUUCAACCCUGGCCAGGGUAGAUCAAGGUGUGCUUGUGUAAAGAACUUUGGCGCACCAUCGCAUGACCCAAAUAGAAAGCCAAAUGAUAAUAGAGGAGAUCUUGAUAACCCAAAUAUACAGGAAUACAAAGGAUGUCUACCAGAGGAGACAUCAUGUUAUAUUAAAGAGAAAUAAAUGUUUUAGUUUUUAGGAGACAGAAAAGCUAUAUAUGCUAUAAUGUUAACAUUAGUAAAGAGAAAGUAAUUUAUUAUAGCUUAAUUUAUUAAACAUUUUUAAAUUUACUUUUUCAGAAAUGUUAACUUACAUGUUGCUAAUGGCAGCUGAAAUUUGUAACUACUUUUAGUUAUAGAUUUUAUGGUAGUGCAUAAAAGUUGUGAACAGACCUCAAAAACUGAAGAGAUUUCACUUGCAGCCAUGCAUAUUUAUUUUGCAUUUUUAAUUAAUUGUUUUUAAAAUGAUAUCUGGGAUGAAACUGAUGGUAAAAGAACAUAAAAGUUUCAAUAUAUUACUCAUAGCUUGAUAAUAAAAACAAAUAAACAUUAUGAUAUGAUCUUAAACUUUUGCAAUCACAUGGAUCCAGAAGUAUGUUAUCUUCUGUAUUAAUUUCUUAUACACAAUCCCCCUUUUGCUAAUAUUUGAAGGGUUGUUAAGAAAAUUAUAGUUUGUAAGGAUAAAUAUACUCAAUACUGUAUUUCAUUCUCAAUCACAAUAUAUAUAUAUAUGUUUAAUAUAUGGCAUUUUACAGUGAUAACUGUGCUCACAUUUCAUUUCUUAUUUGAAGGGGAAGUCUUGAAGUUUGUUAAUGUUUAGCUGGUCAUAGAUCUGAUUUGCAGGUACGGUCAACAUAGUGAAAUCUUUUUCUUCAUGACAUUUUUGUCAGAAAUAAUUGCUAUUGAAUAAUGUCAGCCUCGAAAUACUUCUUUUUGUGGAAACACAGACAGGCCUAUUUUUGUUGCUGAAAUGGGUUACUGUAUUCUUGACAUGCACUCCAUGUUAUAUCCGUCCAUGUGAUAAUUUAAGAAAUUUUGAAUGAUUUCUUCAACAAGGUAUUUGAAAGUUCCUUAGUAAUAAUUGUUUUAUGUUACUGUAAAGAUAAUAAUUGCCUUACAUUACUGUAAAGGUAGCUCAAAUUAUAAAUUAAAACUUCUGGUUGUAAAGUAAUGCUCAAUCACACUAAUACCAUUGUAUGGCUCAUUCUUAUUUUCAUUGGUAUUUAGUACUGCUACAAUGGUAAAGUGGUAUAGAUUAUGCAUCUAGUUUAAAGAGAUUUGUCAAUCAUUAUUUUUGGACAAAAUCAGAUAAAAUCAAAAGAGCAUUUUCUUUUUUAAAAAGUAUCCACAGAAAAAAUAAUAUAUGAUACCUUAAAAAAGUUUUCUUGUUGCUUAACCAGUUUUGUUAUGUACAGUUACCUUACAAUGCCUCAAGGAUACAAAGAUGUAUCAUACUAAAUUUUGUAAGAAUUAAAGGAGUUUCCUUGCUUCUUCAGUUAAUGAACUGAGACUUUGCUUGUAGGCUCAUGUGUAACUGCAGUGUGACAAGAUUUUUUGUUUAAAUACAUUUUGAAUAUAAAGCUUAAUUUGAAAAACUAAUGCAGAUAAACCUUUUUGUUAGUCAUAUACUUAAGUUUAAAGAUAGUGAGACUAAGUCAGCAGUGAUAAAGUCUUUCCAAAGCAUAUGGGUAAUAUGUAAGGCUUCCAGACUUAUUGGCUACAAUAAGCUAUCUGUAGUUUUCAUAUUUGUGAUUUAUAUAAUAGAAAUGUGUUUGGAGAGACGACUUUUGCUCAGGGUCUUUAACCCUUUUAUGAGGUGGUAAUAAUUCUUACUCUGGUGUUACAUAUUAUCAGGUUUACUCUUCUUUGAGUGCUACAGUAACUAGUAAUUUAAUUCCUUUAUGAUCAGGUAUUUAAUUAAAAAAAGGCAUAACGUGAAUGGUUAUUCAGGAUGAAAAUCUUUUGGUGAUAAAUGAAACAGAUCAUAAGUAGAUUACCUUUUGGGUAUAGUUUGUCAUCCUUAACCUUUGUUUGUAUUAGCAGAUAAAAACUUCAUAAACAGGCUCAUAUAUUAUGUGCUAUAUACAUAAUAGCCAGUGUUGUAAGCUUUACUUCUGUUAAUUAUAUAUUUUUUUAGAUUGUAUGGAUAUAUGACUGCUCCUGAUCAUAUCAACUGUUACCUAGAUUUUUUUUUAUUUUAUGCAGGCAAUUGUACAUUAUUUUUUGGAUUAUACAUUUGUUUCACUAUUCUGAGAGAUCUUUCUCUUCUCUUUAUCAAAUAUUCAUAAUAAAGACUCAAAACAGUG